CUAUAAUAGAUAGGUAUUGUCUAUAGCUAGGGAACUUACCAAAUUAAAUUUUUGCAAGCAGUAAAUUGCUUUUUCCUUUGAGAACAAAUUAUGGUGAAUCAGUUGCGAUAAACACCUUGUAAUGUUGUGUCGGGACUUGUUAUAUUUUUUCAAUCAUUAUCGUCUUAGAGAGUGUAGUGUGCAUUACGUAUAUUAAUUUUAAAUUUAGAAAUACCUACUUUUUUAUGUUAUUUCUAUUAGUAGGCAGGAACAGAAUAAUUUAAGAACUGGGCAACAGUGUUGGAAAGGGGACUCCGUAUUGCAACCAUGGAGUCCAAGCUGUCAAGACAUGCCAUCCUCCAGGGUCAUGUGGAUUCAUAUUGCCUGGUGUGUGAGAGUUACUUUAAGUGUGCAAUGAUUCUGGAUGGUCACAUGUUGAACCCAGACCAUAGGAACAAGUUAAAUAAUACAGGAUAUGUGGAAAAGUUUAAAGAUAGCCGAAUUAGAAAGGUUAAAAACGGUUACUUCUGUGAGUUUUGCAAUUUAUUGUUAAACACUGCUGCCAAAGUAAGUGUCCAUAUUGAAGACCCACAGCAUAUCAGUACAAAAGGAGCAAUGUUACUUAGACGCAUUGGAGACAACAUUGUGGCUUUUGAAAACUUAGUAAUAAGUGACAAAGCUUGGAACGGUAUUAUAGACGAAACAUGCGUGCUGUGCAACACUGAAUUUGAUAAUUUGGAUAUACAUAAAAGUGAGACGUCCCAUAAACUCAAUUUAGUUCAAUGUAAAACUGAGUUUGGGACUUGGGGCAUCAUCUAUAGGAAGAUCGACGAUAACUCAAUUCAUUGCCUUCCAUGCAAUAAAAUAUUGACAAUGACGCUGAUCGCAUCGCAUUUUAACACGCCGGAGCAUAAGCAAAUGUGCUCGUCCGCUCCGGCCGCGCCGCCCGCUUUGCCCUCACUUCCCGCUAAAGUUGCGCCUGCCGCUCUGCCCGCGCCUACCGGUCCACCCGUGGCAGCGGUGGUACCUACGGGGCGAACCCCAGGUCCAGCGCCAGCCCCAGUUAAUAAACCUAGACCCAAAAAUCAGCUAGCCGAUAACAAACAUGAAAAAUCAAAAGCAAUGCUUACAGAUGCAUUGAGAAAGCGACCUCUCCGGCCUAUCACCCCUGCAGUAGACACUCAAAGACCGUUGAUAGGUAGAGUCGUAUCAAACGAAUAUGAAUACCUGAUUUGCCAUUUCUUAAAAGCGUCAUCAUUCAUCGUCAGAGUGAACUUUUCAAAAAUGCGUUGUAUUCUAUGCGAGAGGAGUAUAAGGGUCGAAGAUGCGUCAUCGCAUUUGGAAGAUCUCCACCAUCAUUAUCUACUGAAGAUCCACAAAAAACGACUCCAGGUAUAUAAUGAAAUCGAACAAGCAGGAGCCGAAACGGAAAUAUUAGAGUCGUUAACGAGAUUCGAGAAUAACAACAUUGACAUCGAUUUGAUAAAGGGAACUGCUGUUUGUAAUGUGUGCUUCAGAAGUAUCGAGUUUCUUUCCGAUGUGAUCGAUGCGCACAUUGAUGAACAUAAAGUUAUUUCAAUUGCGCAAGAAAUUGCGGCUAGGAAAGAACGUGAUGCGUUCGAGGCAGCUGCGAAACUAGAAGCUGAACUUGACAGGGAAGCGGCGGCAGCGAGAUAUGCCGCGAGUCAUGCGCGCCAUGCGGAGACGACACGCACGAGACUGAAGCCGAAGCCACGCAAUCGCAGUCGCUCGAGGUCUGACAGUGCUAUGACCGUGGAAGAGUUGAAGGACUGGGCCAUCGAACACAACAUUACAUUCAACAGUUUCCAACGUGUCGCCACUUGCAACAUAUGCCACUCGACAGUGCCCAUCGAUUUAAAAAGCUUAAAGGAGCAUGUAGCUGGCAAUGUACAUAGAAAACUAUUGGCCAAAACUCUUACAGGAGAUACAUCGGCGUCAAAAUCGAAGACUAAACUCAUAAAAGUACCACAGAAAUCUUAUGUAAAAUCAUUGAUAUUGGUCGAAAACAUAAUUUUCCAGCAUUUCAUAAUUAAUAACAAAUUCGUUAUAACUUAUAAGAGUAUGUGUUUCUUGGGGAAAAGUUUGGAAGGUUAUUUGAAGUGCUUUCUUUGUGAUGAGGAUUUGAUCGACGAGUCAGUUGUGAUCGAGGUACACAGAACGAGGCACCAUCAUAUGUCGGCGAUGGACAAUGUUCAAGUUAUCACGUCGUGGGAUACCGAUUUUAUUAGACAGGCGGCUUCUGGCGAGUUUCACUGUGGCUUCUGCAAUAUCAUGACUAAAGAUUGGGAUGACUUGCAAAAACAUUUUAACACAAUGGACCAUAAGGAAAGCAGGACCUGUGCCGAGUGGCGCCUCCUCGAAUUCACCAAAUAAAAAUAAGUUUUACACCUCAAAUGUUAUAGUUUAUGUUGUUUUAUCGAGAAAUAGAGAUAAAAGCAAAUGUUACAACUGAUCGAUAAUAGAGAAUUCAGUAUGAUUUUAUAUUACAAUUUACGUUGACAUAAAAAGUCUUUCACUGUUCAUUUUGAAAAAAAAAACCGACUGAAUUUUAUUAUAUUACGUAAGUUCUUAUACUAGUAUAUAGAUCGUAGAGAUUUUAAAAUAAGCUGUGAUUUCUAAAUUUUUGAUCCUUACAAUUUUAUUAGUCUUAAUAUUUGGAACUGUAUUUGCUUCAAUUUGAAUUGUUUAAAUUAUGCUACGAUUUUUCCGUAACCUGGUAAAACUUUGAAUGUAAGUACUUAUUGAUCUAUUUAUAUAUGUUACUAGGAGAAAUACUACUAUAAUACCAGAUCUAUGGUACAGGCCAUAAAUAUAAGGUUGGCCAUAUUUAACCAAUACGUAAUAUAUGAUUAUAUCGCAUUUUACAUGAUCAUUUAAAAUUAUGGGUAUAAGUAAAUUCCGCAAUGCGAAAUAGAAAAGCACCGCCAACUUAUAAUCAUUAUUGACGGUUGCAAACAGACAAAUACCUACAAUAUUUUAAUACAAUUCAUUAUAAUUGUUGGGUCACUCAACAAUGAUUUCAAAUGAUUAUAUUAUAAUACAUUUAUAAUAAUUGUACAUAUUUUUCUUAGUGACAGUAUUUUAUACCUACAACUGAGAUUAAUAAAAUAUUUAAUCUUUUAUUUCAUUAUUAACAGAGGCUGUAAUAUGUUUUGAAUUUCAAUAUUAUUGAAUACAUUCCAAAAGAUCAAGACAUUUUAAGUGGAUUCGAAAUUUGAAUUAGCUCCGUAAUUAUAACAACUUUAUUUUUGUGGCUCUUCCAUAACGAAAAUUAUCGUAAUUUUUUGAGUAAUGCUCAUGUGGACAUAGUGUAAGAUUUCACAACUACCAAAACUGUCCUUUCUCUUUUUAUUCUGUGUAAAUCAAUGUUGUAGGUAAUUCUUUCUAUUACUUAUUAUAACAGCCAUUGGGUGUUAUUUAAAUAUUAUAACCACUAUUUUGAUAUAUUAAAAUUACAUUUUAUGGGAAUAAAUAAAGCUGAAAUA